GGGUGGGGGGGGAGGAGGAGACCGAGCACAGAGAGCUAAUAAACCCGGCGGAGAGUUCCCCUCUUUGCAGACCGUGGCCAUGGAGUCCCUCGCAGACACGGCGCUCCCGUCUCCUCGCUCCUGAGAGCCGACCUCGACGCCGGGAGAAGCGCCCGCCGCGCCGCUCGUGACGGUCAACCGGGUGGACUCGCUCGGACGCAGUUGUUUCGCGCCGCCCCCCCGCUCACGCGCUAAAGCGGCUGCUUUCUGGCGCUCGGGACUCGCGUUGACGGCGCGGGAGGACACUUCAUGUCACAAGUCCCGUGUUGGUUGAGGGCAGCGUCACCGUCUUCUGGUGUGGAUCCAUUCAGAGGAGGUUCUGCGACUGGUUUUGGGUCCAGAUCGGCAGCUCUAGACCCCACAGCUUAAGAUCUUUCAGACCGGCGCGAGGACAUUUCCAUUUCAAACGACCCGCGCUGCCAUCAGAUGUUUGUGUUGACGAGCGAGACCGGCCUCCAUCUCCACAGCACCAGGAGGAGAUCCCUGAAGAAAGCUACCUGCGCGUGACAAGAAGCACCGGCUUGUUCAGACGGACCCGAGGAAACCACCAGCAUUCUACCCCUCAGCCACGGCCCGGCUUUACCUCUGGCCCGCCCUCCUCUCUUCCUCCGAUCCAAUCAGCAAGAACGAGCUCUCCCGCUUUCUACCUCCCAGAGAAAUACACAAGUGAAAGCAAUUCAUUAUUUAUUUAUUCCUUGUCCUGGCGCACCGUUUCUCCAUUUACCUCAGGGACUUUCUCUCCCAGGGCCCGGCUCCUCCACCGAAACCGCCGGGCCCCCCGUGACCGGCGCACAGGGCAGAUAUUCACCCGUGACCUCUCGCUGCUGUUGCCAUGACAACCGUAUUGCCUCUCGAGUUCUCCUCACUGCAGCUGUGACCAGCGACGACCUCGGACCUCUCCUCACCCGCCAGCUCGGGCCUGCUCACUGCCAGGAUUGUACUCGUGCACAUCUGUAGCCUGGGUAGUUAUCACUGGACUGUUGCCAGAUAGCCAGCUAUGCUCUCACAGUAACCUCACGCAGGAAACGAUAUAUAUACCUCAGCGACACUCGCCCAAGGAAACCCAAGGAACCUGUACAGUAACAGCGUUCGCCGUACUGGUUCUUCGACCCAUUCCGGCAAAGGAGUGCGCGCACCGCUUGGAUCCGCCCUGUAGACGACUCUCCUUCAGCCUCCUUCAGGCAGGAGUGGAGCAACAGUAGCCUCCAGAGGGGGGAGGGAGGUAGGGAGAGAGAGAGAGCGAGAGGGAGAGAGACACUCGGGAGCACUGCCUCGGCAAAGUGGCAUCGGGAUCCAUGCUGUUGGAAUAAAUCAGCGAUUUCCCAAGAGGUCUUUUUGGGGGAGAUCGCAGCAGAGACUCCAAAGUUCCCCCUCGCCUUCACUCACAUGAAGCCCCAAGAGACGUAAAUCCACCCACGAGGCAGACGCUGUUGAGGGGGCCUCAACAGCAGCAGAAAUAGAGGCUCGAGAACCCUGUCAAAUAAAAACCACUGCGUUGGGAACUGAGAGCAAAACACUGUGGUCCGUGUUGAGCGGCGGCACAAAGGAGGGGGGCGGCGUUCGGAGGACAGAGAAGAAUGCAGAGCUCCCCCGCUGAUGUCCCGCCCGCCGCGCUCCUCUCAGCCAACCGCUGCCCACAUUCUCAGAUGGCCGUCUGUUGAAGGGGCCGCCGGCGAAUGCUGAGCACGCUGGCGAGGUCGAGGUCCGCCGCAUUGUCCUGUGAUUGGCUGCCGGACGGGACUGUGGCUACAUGGAGCCAAUGUUCAACAAGCAGGACAGCAACUCAUCAGAGGGAGACGAGAAAGGGUGGCCGGAUGUGCCGAAGAGAAAGAGCAAGAACAGCCAGUGUUCGGUGAAGAGCGUGUCAGGUGAGGAUCCAUCAUCUCCUUCUUCAGCUCUCAGCGUGUCUGUCCCAGGGUACAUCCCCAGCUACCUGGAGAAGGAUGAGCCCUGCGUGGUGUGCGGCGACAAGGCGACCGGCUACCACUACCGCUGCAUCACCUGCGAGGGAUGCAAGGGUUUCUUCCGCCGGACCAUCCAGAAGAACCUCCAUCCGGCCUACUCGUGUAAAUAUGAAGCCUGCUGCAUCAUUGAUAAGAUCACACGCAACCAGUGCCAGCUGUGCCGCUUCAAGAAGUGCAUCUCUGUGGGCAUGGCCAUGGACCUGGUGUUGGACGACUCGAAGCGCGUGGCGAAGCGGCGUCUGAUCGAGGAGAACCGGCAGAAGAGGAAGAAGGAGGAGAUCGUGCGCACGUUGCAGACGCGGCCGGAGCCAGACAGCGCUGAGUGGGAGCUCAUCAGAAUGGCGACGGAGGCCCACCGGCACACCAACGCCCAGGGCUCCAGCUGGAAACAGAAGCGCAAGUUCCUGUCGGAGGACAUCGGCCAGGGUCCCAUCGUCACCACGUCAGACGGAGACAAGGUGGACCUGGAGGCCUUCAGCGAGUUCACCAAGAUCAUGACCCCGGCCAUCACGCGCGUAGUCGACUUCGCCAAGAAGUUGCCCAUGUUCUCAGAGCUGCCUUGUGAAGACCAGAUCAUCUUGCUGAAAGGCUGCUGCAUGGAGAUCAUGUCGCUGCGCGCCGCCGUCCGCUACGACCCGGAAAGCGAGACGCUGACGCUGAACGGCGAGAUGGCCGUGAAGCGCGAGCAGCUGAAGAACGGCGGGCUGGGCGUGGUGUCGGACGCCAUCUUUGAUUUGGGCAAGAGCUUGGCUCAGUUCAACCUGGACGACUCGGAGGUGGCUCUGAUGCAGACCGUGCUGCUCAUGAGCUCGGACCGCUUGGGGCUGACCAGCAUGGAGAAGAUCGAGCAGUGCCAAGAGGCCUACCUGCUGGCGUUCGAGCACUACAUCAACUACCGCAAGCACGCCAUUCCCCACUUCUGGCCCAAGCUGCUGAUGAAGGUGACGGACCUGCGCAUGAUCGGAGCGUGCCACGCCAGCCGCUUCCUCCACAUGAAGGUGGAGUGUCCCAAUGAACUCUUUCCACCGCUCUUCCUCGAGGUCUUCGAAGACCAGGAUGUGUGACUUGAAAAAGCGGCGGGGAAAGGAAACAAGACGUGACCCCUCCCUCCUCCCGUAAAAAAAAACAAACCCUGGGCAUGUGGAAGGAAA